AUGGCGGACUCCAAUGACCGUCUUAAAGUUGAUGAGUUAAUGAGCAGUAGAUGGUCUAAUGCUCCAGCGGAGGAGGGACCGUGCUUCCAGGUGGUUAUUCAACAAGCGCAGACGAACAGUACCUUACCAGUAGUCAGUACAGCACAAGUGGCUCCUAUCAGCGUGUCACCAUCGGUGUACGCGGCGAACACUCCGUUGGAAAACGGUAAAGAAGUCUCUCGUGCUGAUGUUGGUCUCGCUAAACGUCAUCUUAUGGUAACAUCGUGUACGGUACGAGAUCGUGAAAAGGAUACAUACGCGUGGCGGUCGAUUUGGGGGACCUCUCGUGCUGAUAUGCAACAAAGAAAGAACAACACAACUCCUAGUGAUUAUGCAAUUCACGUUAUGGGUUUGCCCAGACAGUUGGGGAAUAGUCCGGAAGAACAUCACCGAUAUGCUGACAAAUUGAAGGAGCACUUUGAAAGGUUGGUGGGCGACAUGCCUGCCGAAGAACUAGCUGGGCGGGAUCCGAAUCAGCCUGUUGUUUGCGAGGUUGCAUUAGCACGAGAUUACCAAGGUGCGGUACGCAACUUCUUGGGACAGGGUAAACUGUACGUCCGGAAAUACGAGUUGGAAGCUCAAAUGUCGGCGUUGCAGAGUCGAGGGAAAAUUGUAAGAGGUGUGUAG